AUGUCCCCAUAUAACAACUUCAUGAAGACCGAACUUGCCAAGGUCAAGAAGGAAAACCCUGAUAUUGCUCACAAGGACGCUUUCAAGAAGGCUGCUGAAAACUGGAAGAAUGCUAAAGAAAACCCCAAGAACAAGAAGGACGAUAAGGAAACUGCUGCUGCUAAAUAA